AUCGCGGGACCAAGCUAGCUGAGCCGAAUCCAAAGCCAAAUAUUUUGUCCCCCGAGUGCAUUGCCCCGCAUACCGCUCAAUCCAGUCAUUUCGACUAAACAGCUACAGACUCUAGAGGGCGCUCGUAUGCUGCAACAUUUUUUAUAGUGAAAACCUGAAACCUGUACCGCAUCAGUUGUUAUGGUAGCAAUUUUAACCACCAUUCUUCGAGAUCGUCUUUGUUCAGAUGUUCCGAUAACUUCUUGUUUUUUUAUAAGGGUAGGUUGAGGAAAAAGAGGCCGAGCAUCUUUCACAAUGGACCCAAUGUACAUGGCUUGCAGCUUGUUCCGCAGGAGGAAGUUUGAUGACUGUGUUAAUAUAUGCACACAACUCCUAGAGAAGAACCCUUAUGAUCAAGCAGCAUGGUCUCUUAAGACGAGGGCGCUAACUGAGCAGGUCUAUGUGGAUGAGAUUGAUGUUGAUGAAGAAGGCAUUGCUGAGAUGCUGAUGGAUGAUAAUACCAUCGCUCAAAUAUCACGGCCCGGGACAUCCUUAAAGAAACCCGGUACAGGCCAGGGUGCCCCUAGUGCAGCUGUACGUCCAAUGUCCCAGUCUGGGCGACCACUCAGCGGGUUUGUUCGUCCAGGCACCCAGUCUGGGCGACCAGGGACAAUGGAGCAAGCCAUCCGCACACCCAGGACAGCGCACACUGCCCGACCUGUUACAAGCGCUUCAGGCAGAUUUGUGAGGCUGGGAACCGCUUCAAUGUUGUCGACACCUGAUGGUCCCUUCAUUAACUUAGCAAGGCUGAACUUCAGCAAGUAUGCAGCUCGACCUAACCUAGCUAAGCCCCUGUUUGAGUACAUUUUCCACCAUGAGAAUGACGUACGCAAUGCUCUGGAACUAGCUGCUCUAGCCACGGAGGCAUCUGGCUUCAAGGACUGGUGGUGGAAAGUCCAGCUGGGAAAAUGUUAUUACAGGCUUGGGUUAUACCGUGAUGCAGAGCGCCAGUUUAAAUCAGCAUUGAAGCAGCAAGACAUGGUUGAUACUUACCUGUAUCUGUGUAAGGUGUAUGUCAGACUAGAUCAGCCCCUAGCUGCUAUUGACAUUUAUAAACAAGGACUGGAGAAGUUUCCAGGAGAGACCACACUACUCACUGGUAUAGCCAGGAUCUAUGAGGGAUUGAACGAUAUGACCAAUGCAGUGAAGUUCUACAAGCAGGUCUUACAUAAUGACAACACCCAUGUAGAAGCCAUAGCCUGUAUAGCUAACUAUCACUUCUACACUGACCAACCAGAGAUUGCUCUUCGCUACUACAGGCGUCUUCUUCAGAUGGGAGUGUACAAUGCAGAGUUGUUUAAUAACCUAGGUCUGUGUUGCUUCUACGCCCAGCAGUACGACAUGACUCUUAGUACAUUUGAGCGUGCUCUGUCACUCUCUGACAACGACCAACUAACAGCUGACAUUUGGUACAAUAUUGGAGAAACAGCAGUGAAUAUUGGCGAUACCAACUUGGCCCUACAGUGUUUCCGUCUAACGUUAGCCUCUAAUAAUGACCAUCCUGAGGCAUAUAACAACCUUGGAGUAUUGGAGAUGAGAAAGGGCCAUUUAGAUCAGGCCAGAGCAUUUUUCCAGGCAGCCCAGUCCUUGGCACCUCAUAUGUUUGAACCUCACUACAAUUUUGCUACCCUCUCUGAUCAGGUGGGCGACUUACAAAGUAGCUACAAUGCAGCUAAAAAGGCUAUGGAUGCCUACCCGGAUCAUUGUGACUCCAAAGAACUACUAGAUCAGCUUAAGAAACACUUCUCAAUCCUCUAGUAUAAGCCUAAUCCGUCAGUAUCAACCAAUGAAGUCAAGAGGGUUGGGUAGUCAAGUCUGUAAAAUAUCAGUGUAAAAAACUGUGAAAUAAUAGGUUUUAAUAGUAUUGUUAUAUUGUUGUUGUUUUUUUACAUCCCAACAUAACUGGUGAGUUUGUUCAAUUAAAGGGUUUGUGUACUUUUUGAGUCCACAGGUUUACAUUAAACUUACAAGGUUUAAAGAUAA